GAAUUAGAAUGUUGAGUUUUAUACACCAAGCUACUUUACCAGAUUUAUCCAUUUAUACAGCAAUGUAAUUUUUACUGUACUAGCGCAGGGUAGGAAGUUGAUCACGGGUACUGGAGCUGGAGGCUACAACACAUUAAGCAUUAAAAAGUAUGUAUUUACAGUGUUUUAUUCUGCAGCGCACGGAGCGAUUGAUUCCGCCGCACGCGCUCUUCCACGCGGCGCAUUCCGCCGCUGAGGCCGCAGUUGCCAUGGCGACGGCUCUAGCUCUCGACGACGGGCGUUGUUGCCCCGGUUACGGCUGAAGUGUCGCUACUCUACCCACAAUGCAGCCGUGCUUUUUGGCGUUCGCGGAACAUGGUGUCUCGGAUUCGAGAUUAGUAACGGGCCGAUCGAGUGUCUCCGUCCCUGACGGAAAUGGACAAAGAGCAGCGCAACGUCAUCGUGCUGAAUGCCUCCAAGAGGGAGCUCUUCACAGCUGCCAGCGGCUACAAGGCCCUGCAGAAGAGGCUGAGGGGCCAGUGGAAGAUCCACAGCAUUAAGGACGAGCUCUCCUUGGAGAAGCUCAGCGGCGCGAAGCUUUGGAUCGCGGCCGGACCCCGGGAGAAGUUCACGGCCGCUGAGCUGGACGCUCUGAAGCAGUACCUUCACAGCGGAGGGGGCGUCCUGGUGAUGCUGGGGGAAGGAGGAGAGAUGAAGUACGACACCAACAUCAACUUUCUUCUUGAGGAGUUUGGGAUCAUGGUUAACGGUGAUGCUGUUAUAAGAAAUGUCUAUUACAAGUAUUUCCACCCAAAAGAAGCACUCGUCUCCAACGGUGUCCUAAACAGGGAAAUCAGCCGCGCUGCCGGUAAAGCCACGACGGGGAUAAUCGACGAUGAAAGCGCUGGAAACAACUCGCAGGCCCUCACCUUCAUCUACCCGUAUGGAGCAACCCUGAGCGUGAUGAAGCCGGCGGUGGCCGUCUUGUCCACGGGUUCGGUCUGCUUCCCUCUAAACCGGCCUGUUCUUGCCUUCCAUCACGUCAAGGACGCGGGCAAGCUGGCUGUACUGGGGUCCUGCCACAUGUUUAGCGAUCAGUACUUGGAGAAGGAGGAGAACAGUAAAAUAAUGGAUGUUGUCUUUCAGUGGCUCACGACUGAUAACAUCCACUUGAACCAGAUAGAUGCCGAGGACCCCGAGAUCACAGACUACACCAUGCUGCCGGACACGGGGUGUCUCUCGGAGAGGUUGCGGGUGUGUCUGCAGGAGGGCGACGAGAGCCCCAGAGACUUCACGUCUCUGUUUGACAUGUCUCUGCUGAAGCUGUCCAACAGCUCCCUGCCUCACGUCAUCAGCUCCUACAAGCAGCUCAACGUUAAGCACGAGCCACUUCAGCUGAUCCAGCCGCAGUUCGAGACGCCCCUGCCUGCGCUUCAGCCCGCUGUCUUUCAGCCAGCGUUCAGGGAUCUUCCCCCACCGAUGCUUGACCUCUUCGACCUCGACGAAACGUUCUCCUCGGAGAAGGUGAGGUUGGCACAGCUCUCCAACAAAUGCACAGAUGACGAUUUGGAAUUCUACGUACGCAAAUGUGGAGACAUCCUUGGCGUGACUGGAAAGCUGCCUAAGGAACAGAGAGAUGCCAAACAUAUCCUGGAACACAUUUUCUUUCAGGUCGUUGAGUUUAAAAAGCUUAAUCAGGAGCAUGAUAUUGACACAGCGGAGCCAGCGUUUUCUCCAUUCUGAAGUGCAGUGAUUCUCCAUUGCCAUUUCACCUGUGUGGCUCAGGGAGCGUGUGUGUACCUGAUGUCAAAUUUUCAGUUAUAUGUAGAUUGUUCUUCUCCCAUCAUAAUCCCUCCCCUCUUAGAAAGAGGGCUUUACUAAACUUAAAACUUAGUGGCUUAAGUUUGUAUUUUUUUUUUGAAUACUGUUUCUCUAAGCUUAUUCCUGUAUAUCGAGGCCCUAUCAUGUAAAUUUAAAUAAAG